ACUUUCCUCCAACUGCCCUGGGUCUCCCUCCCUCGCUCUCUCCUCUUCAGCAACACCAAGAGCCCCAAACUGAACCCAGAGCAGCUUUUUCCAUCAGUUCAGUUCCCUUCCCUCCCUCUGUCUCACACACGGCAAGGAGAGAGCCCCUUCCUCCCUUUGAUUUUCCUUCGCAUGCUCAGCCCCUUGUUUCCUUUAAAGCACUAGAAAUCCCCCUUCUUGCCCCCGCUCCUCCCUGCAGACUGGGAUUGCAAUGGGAGCUUUGCAGAUUGCUGGAUUUUCCAUCCUUUUCUUUCUCCUCCACUCUGGAAACACGCUGGCAAAUAAAGCCAGUCAAGAUGUUGACGAGUGCGUGGAGGGCACUGACAACUGCCACAUCGAUGCCAUCUGCCAGAACACCCCCAAGUCCUACAAGUGCAUCUGCAAGUCCGGCUACACCGGGGACGGGAAGCACUGCAAAGACGUUGACGAGUGUGAGCGGGAGGACAACGCGGGCUGCGUGCACGAGUGCGUCAACAUCCCGGGCAACUACCGCUGCACCUGCUACGACGGCUUCCGCCUGGCACACGACGGCCACAACUGCCUGGACCUGGACGAGUGCUCAGAGGGCAACGGUGGCUGCCAGCAGACCUGUGUCAACAUGAUGGGCAGCUACGAGUGCUUCUGCCGGGAGGGCUUCUUCCUCAGUGACAACCAGCACACCUGCAUCCAGCGCCCCGAAGAAGGCAUGAACUGCAUGAACAAGAACCAUGGCUGUGCCCACAUCUGCCGGGAGACCCCCAAAGGGGGCAUCGCCUGCGAGUGCCGCCCCGGCUUCGAGCUCACCAAGAACCAGCGGGACUGCAAACUGACCUGCAACUACGGGAACGGGGGCUGCCAGCACACCUGCGACGACACCGAGCAGGGCCCCAAGUGCGGCUGCCACGUCAAGUUCCUGCUGCACUCGGACGGGGUCACGUGCAUAGGGGAGAGACACUUCCAGCAACACGUUAUCCUUGAGACGUUUUCUAAUGAGACGUGUGCUGUGAACAACGGGGGCUGUGACAGCAAGUGCCACGACGCGGCCACCGGCGUCCACUGCAGCUGCCCCAUGGGCUUCAUGCUCCAGCCCGACAGGAAAACGUGCAAAGACAUUGACGAGUGCCGGCUCAACAACGGCGGCUGUGACCACAUCUGCAGGAACACGGUGGGCAGCUUCGAGUGCAGCUGCAAGAAAGGCUACAAGCUGCUCAUAAACGAGAGGAACUGCCAAGACAUCGACGAGUGCUCCUUUGACCGGACCUGCGACCACCUGUGCAUCAACACCCCGGGCAGCUUCCAGUGCCUCUGCCACAAGGGCUACACGCUCUACGGGCUCACCCACUGCGGAGACAUCGAUGAGUGCAGCAUCAACCGGGGUGGCUGCAAAUUCGGCUGCAUCAACACUCCUGGCAGCUACCAGUGCACCUGUCCUGCGGGCUGCAAGCUGCACUGGAACAAGAAGGACUGUGUGGCUGGUGCUUGUCCCUUGGAGCUGGUGAAGUGCCUGCCAGGUUCGGUGCCACCACGGGCCACCCUCACCUGCAACAAGACGGGCAAGAAGGACAGCUGUGCCCUCUCCUGCACCUCCAAGGCCCGAUUUCUGCCAGAGUCUGACAGCAGCUACACGGUGAGCUGUGGCACCCCCGUCCUGCGGCAGGGCAGCCAGCACAGACCCACCAACAGCAGCCAGCAGUGCCUCGAGACUGUGGCUGCGCCUGUCAAGCAGAAAGCCUCCUUCAAGAUCAAGGAUGCCAAGUGCCACCUGCACCCCCGGGCCAAGGGCAAGCAGGAGGAGCCCGGGAAGGCCGGGGCACAAGGUGGCUCGGCACCCUGCUCUGACUGCCAGGUCACCUUCGUCAACCUCAAGUGCGACUCGUCCAAGAAGGGGAAGGGGCGCCGGGCCCGCAACUCCCCCAGCAAAGAGGUGACACGAAUCACCCUGGAGUUUGAGGCCGAGAUCAAGCCCGAGGAGAUCACAGCCAGCUGCAACCUGCACUGCCUGCGACAGAGAGUGGAGAAAAAGCUGAAGUCGGCCAUCAAAGCCCUGAAGAAAUCCAUCAACCAGGAGCGGUUCCUGCUGCGCUUCUCAGGCACGGAGUACGAGGUGGCCCGGAAGCUGAGCGUGGCCCCGGAGCGCCAGGAGAGCUGCGGGCCGGGCCAGCAGCGCCUGGCCAGCAAGUGCGUCAGCUGCUCGCAGGGAACCUAUUACCACGGGCAGACGGAGCAGUGCGUGCCCUGUCCCCCCGGCACCUACCAGGAGAAGGAGGGGCAGCUCUCCUGUGACCUGUGUCCCCGCGGAGACACCUUCGGACCCAUAGGAGCCACCAACAUCACCGGCUGCACCGGUCAGUGUCCCCCUGGGCAGCACUCUGCUGAUGGCUUCAAGCCCUGCCAGCCGUGUCCCCGUGGGUCCUACCAGCCCGAGGUGGGACGGGCGCUGUGCUUCCCCUGCGGCGGGGGGCUGACCACCCGCCACGAGGGAGCCCUCUCCUUCCAGGACUGCGACACCAAGGUUCAGUGCUCCCCUGGGCACUACUACAACACGAGCGUGCACCGCUGCAUCCGCUGCGCCGUGGGCACCUACCAGCCCGACUUCCGGCAGAACUACUGCAUCUCCUGCCCUGGCAACACCACCACCGACUUCGACGGCUCCACCUCGGUGUCCCAGUGCAAAAACCGGCAGUGUGGAGGGGAGCUGGGUGAGUACACGGGCUACAUCGAGUCCCCCAACUACCCCGGGAAUUACCCCGCCAACAUCGAGUGCACCUGGAACAUCAACCCCCCGCCCAAGCGCAAGAUCCUCAUCGUGGUGCCAGAGAUCUUCCUCCCCUCCGAGGAUGAGUGCGGCGACGUCCUGGUCAUGCGGAAAAACUCCUCGCCAUCCUCCAUCACCACCUACGAGACCUGCCAGACCUACGAGCGGCCCAUCGCCUUCACCGCCCGCUCCCGCAAGCUCUGGAUCAACUUCAAAACCAGCGAGGCCAACAGUGCUCGGGGCUUCCAGAUCCCCUAUGUCACCUACGACGAGGACUACGAGCAGCUGGUGGAGGACAUCGUGAGGGAUGGAAGGCUCUACGCCUCUGAGAACCACCAGGAGAUCCUCAAGGACAAGAAGCUCAUCAAAGCUUUCUUCGACGUGCUGGCACACCCCCAGAACUACUUCAAGUACACAGAGAAGCACAAGGAGAUGCUGCCCCGCUCCUUCAUCAAACUCCUGCGCUCCAAAGUCUCCAGCUUCCUCCGGCCUUACAAAUAGCCCCCCCCGCCCCGGGCCGCCCCGCAGCCGAGGAAACCCUCUUCUCCCUUCCUUCUCCUUCCUGAUUUUCCCUUCCUCCGCCUGGCUCCGGCAGGAUCGCCACUGCUCGCCCCCCGCGGUUCCCCUGCGCUCCCAGCCGGGGCUCGCUCCGCUCCCAGCCGGUGAAGCCGCUCCCCUCCUCCUGAAGCAGCUUCUUGGAAGGCUUUAGGAAACUGAAGUAGUGGUCCUUUCGCUGCCCCGCGUCCUCCCCUUGGUUUCCUUUCCGCCAGCUCUGUCCCCGUCCCCUGGUGCCACCAGCAGCCCGGGACAGUGUGGGGGGUCCUGUCCUCGCAGCCCCCGGAGCCCUCGCCGAGGAGCGCAGGAGGUGACGCCGUGUCAGAGGCGGGGGAAAAGAACUGACAAAGCCGACUGGAUGGAAAAGGAAAUGCAAAGGAGCGAUGGCGAAGCCCACCAGCGCGGCACCGUGGUGGCUCUGGCCCGCCGGAGAGCCGCGCUGGUGCUGCGAGGGAAGCGCAGCCAAGCCACGUUCCCGGAGAACAAUGCCUGGCUGCACGGGAGAAAACAGGGAGCAAAGGAGAAGGACUUUCAGCCGGGUUCGA